GCGGGACUUCCGUUGUCAAGGGAAAUGUCCGGAGCUGCUGCUGUUUUUGUUGCUGAGUGGUGCCCGGUCUGAGCUCCCAGUGACCCUUCAGAAUCACCAUAUGUCCUAGAUGGGAUAAACUGCAGCCAUGUUCAGCUUCGAGGGAGAUUUCAAAACCAGGCCAAAAGUAUCACUGGGAGGAGCAAGCAGAAAGGAAGAAAAAGCAUCUCUGCUCCAUCGAACCCAGGAAGAAAGGCGGAAGAGAGAGGAAGAAAGGAGAAGACUGAAGAAUGCAAUAAUUAUCCAGUCCUAUAUAAGAGGCUACAAGGAUAGAAAACAGCAAUACUCCAUCCAAAGAAGUGAGUUUGACUUCUGUGCUAACUCGGCGACUUCUGGUGCACCUUCAGUAGAUGGAAGAAACCUUACGCUUCUUGUGCGAAAACUGCUCUUUUUCUACAGACAGACUGAAGAUUCAAAGCGUUUGAUAUGGAUAUGUCAGAAUUUGAUCAAAUAUAAUUCCCAGUUUGUAAAACACCUCGCAGGCCCAGACAGACUUACUUGUCUGUACCAGAUCAAGAGGCUAUUGGGGUUAUGUUGUAGGUUAUUACAGCAUUGCUAUGAUGACAGCAUCAACGUUGCACUGCCCAUGAGAAUGGUUGAAGUAUUUUCAUCAGAAAACACUUACUUACCUGUCCUUCAAGAUGCCGUCACUGUGGCCUCAUUAGUUGAACAAAUUUUGCACUACAUGAUCCAGAAAGGUUACUACCGGUCACUUUUCUUGUUAAUUAACAACAAGCUCCCAUCCAGCGUUGAAUAUACUGAUGUCUCCAGAGUUCCCAUUGCAAAGAUUCUGCUGGAGAAUGUCAUGAAACCAUUGCACUUUACAUACAACUCCUGCUCGGACAGUGCAAGGCAACAGGUUUUCACUGCCUUUACCAGAGAGUUUCUGGCCGCACCUUACACCGAUCAGAUCUUCCAGUUCAUCAUUCCAGCACUGGCGGACGCACACACCGCUUUCCCAUACGAGCUCUUUCUGAAUGCAUUACUAGAGGAGCAGGUUCAUCGCCCGCACCGAUGUGACCAGACCCCUUGGCUUUUCUAUUUUGUGCUUACAGUUGGGGAAACGUACUUGAGCACUCUGUCAGAAGAGGGGAUGCUUGUAUACUUGAGAGUACUUCAGGUCUUUCUCUCUCAGUUACCAGUCUCCACUGUUGCAAAUCAUCAGGAGCUUGCCAGUGAUUCUGAAGACGAUGAUGAGGAUAUCAGCAAAAUGGUCACCACAAUUGGUGAUGGCAAGUUGUCUGUGCAAUAUAUCACAGAGGAGUGCCUAAAGAAACUAGACACCAAACAGCAAACGAACACCUUGCUCAACAUGGUCUGGAGAGAUUCUGCUAGCGAGGAGGUCUUCACUCUUAUGGCCUCAAUCUGCCAUACACUAAUGGUACAGCACCGCAUGAUGGUUCCCAAAGUCAGGCUCCUGUACAGUCUAGCUUUUAAUGCAAGAUUUUUAAGACAUCUUUGGUACUUAAUCUCUUCGAUGACGACUAAGAUGAUUACAGGGUCAAUGGUGCCACUCCUCCAGGUGAUAUCCAGAGGCUCUCCCAUGUCGUUAGAGGACUCCAAUCGGAUCAUCCCUCUGUUUUAUCUUUUUAGCUCCCUCUUUAGUCAUUCCCUGAUUUCUAUACAUGAUAAUGAAUUCUUUGGUGACCCCAUAGAAGUAGUUGGCCCAAGACAAUCUUCAAUGAUGCCUUUCACAUUAGAAGAGUUGGUCGUACUCUCGCGCUGUCUGAGAGAUGCUUGUUUAGGAAUCAUCAAGCUGGCUUACCCCGAGACAAAACCAGAGGUGCGAGAAGAAUACAUGGCAGCGUUCCGAAGUGUUGGUGUCACCACGAACGUGGAGAUGCAGCAGCGUAUUCAAACUGAGCAGAAACGAUGGAUUCAGCUAUUUAAGGUGAUUACCAACUUGGUAAAGAUGUUAAAGUCUCGGGAUACCAGAAGACACUUUUGUCCGCUCAAUCAUUGGCUGUCCGAACAAGAGAAUAUUAAAGCUGAUAAGGUAACACAGCUUUAUGUACCGUCUGCAAGACACGUAUGGAGGUACCGGAGAAUGGGGAGGAUAGGACCUCUACAAUCCACUUUAGAUGUGGGUAUGGAGCCUGCGCCCCUGUCAGUUUCUGAAGAGAGACAGUUAGCCAUAUUGACUGAACUUCCCUUUGUAGUUCCUUUUGAAGAAAGAGUAAAGAUCUUCCAAAGACUGAUCUAUGCGGACAAGCAAGAAGUGCAAGGUGAUGGGCCGUUUUUGGAUGGGAUUAACGUCACCAUUCGGAGGAACUAUAUAUAUGAGGAUGCGUAUGAUAAAUUGUCUCCUGAGAAUGAGCCUGAUCUCAAGAAGCGAAUCCGUGUCCAUUUACUAAACACUCAUGGUCUGGACGAGGCCGGGAUUGAUGGUGGAGGAAUUUUUAGGGAGUUUCUAAAUGAGCUGCUGAAAUCUGGAUUCAAUCCUAACCAGGGAUUUUUUAAGACCACUAAUGAGGGUUUGCUGUACCCCAAUCCUGCAGCACAGACGCUCGUUGGAGACUCGUUUGCCAGGCACUACUAUUUCUUAGGCAGGAUGCUGGGAAAGGCACUGUAUGAGAACAUGCUUGUGGAGCUGCCCUUUGCCAGUUUCUUCCUAUCCAAGUUACUUGGCACCAGCGCUGACGUGGACAUCCACCACCUGGCUUCUCUGGAUCCAGAAAUGUACAAGAACUUACUGUUCCUGAAGAGCUAUGAAGAGGACGUGGAAGAUCUUGGGUUAAACUUUACUGUGGUUAAUAAUGAUCUCGGGGAAGCGCAGGUGGUAGAACUGAAGCUUGGAGGCAAAGAUAUCCCUGUAACAAGUGCCAACCGAAUUGCUUACAUCCACCUCGUCGCUGACUACAGGCUAAACAAGCAGAUCCGCCAGCAUUGUCUGGCCUUCAGGCAAGGUCUUGCCAAUGUGGUCAAUUUGGAAUGGCUCAGGAUGUUUGAUCAGCAGGAAAUCCAGGUCUUAAUUUCUGGGGCACAGGUUCCAAUCUGUCUUGAUGAUCUGAAGUCUUUCACAAACUAUUCAGGCGGAUACUCUGCUGAUCAUCCAGUGAUCAAAGUUUUCUGGAGAGUCGUGGAAAACUUUACUGAUGAGGAGAAGAGAAAACUACUGAAAUUUGUGACAAGCUGUUCUCGGCCUCCAUUAUUAGGUUUUAAAGAGCUGUAUCCUGCCUUCUGCAUCCAUAAUGGGGGGUCUGAUCUGGAGCGACUUCCCACUGCAAGCACCUGCAUGAACCUUCUCAAGCUUCCAGAGUUUUAUGAUGAGAAUCUUAUGAGGAGCAAACUGCUUUACGCUAUAGAAUGUGCUGCCGGCUUUGAACUGAGCUGAGUCGAACUUAACCUCCAAUGUGGGAUUGAAAACUGGUGCCUACAUAGAAUUCCCCAUGAAACUGAGACAUUUCAGGAAUCCUGGCUUUAUGACAUCAGUAGUAGACAUGAAAUUUGCCAUCGACUUUCAUCAAGUAAAAAUUGCUGUUUUAUUGAGAACAAUUUUCCAAAAAUAAAAUCACUAUUUAAAUAAUGUGACCAGUCUGCAAAAAAUUAACCAAAGAUGAUCACUUGGCUUAAUGCUGUUUGGAUCGAAAACCUCCAGAUGCUGGCGGUAUGUAUAUACAACCAGCAGACUGGUACCAUAAAGGCAUAAAACAGGGUCCGGAUCAUCUACAGUAGACAUCUCUGCCAACGACCAGCAGAGCAAAGGCGCCUUACGGCCAAUCCUGCCUGCAUCAGAAAUAGUACAAGAAUUUGAACUGUCUCCAUUGUGUUCCCUUCACUACCUGCCCCAUUGGCUGGUAGACGUCAAGCAUCAUUUCUAGUAUUUUAUUUCUAUUAAAAAGACCCCUAUGGAGAGAUUGUACUAUGGGUUUUAAGUGCUUCUGUACAAUGUACAUCACGAUAAAGUUGUGAAUAUACAAAAAUUGCUUUGCUUCAGUUCUCAUAACUGUACAGAUUUUUUUUUAUCAGAUUUAUUGUUUUUUGUCAUGUAGUACAGUCCACUGUCAUGGCUCUGGAGGAGAAUAUAUGGUAACAUCUAUUAAAUAUUAUUUCAGACUCGG